UCUGGAGUCGCCCUCAGAAGCCGAGUGUGCCCCGAGCAAGAUGAUUCUCACGCUGCUGCUGAGUGUGGGGGCGCCCCUGGGCUGGGGGCUGCUGGGGGCCUGGGCGCAGGUCCCCGGCACCAGGUUCUCCGGUCCACACAGCCUCAGGCCACCUGGGGUCUGGAAGACAGAGGCUGAGGACACCGGCAGGGACCCUGCCAGACGUAACUGGUGCCCCUACCAGAAGUCCAGGCUGGUCACCUUCGUAGCUGCUUGCAAAACUGAGAAAUUCCUCGUCCACUCACAGCAGCCAUGUCCACAGGGCGCUCCAGACUGCCAGAAAGUCAAAGUCAUGUACAGCAUGGCCCACAGGCCGGUAUACCAGGUCAAGCAGAAGGUGCUGGCCUCUGUGGCCUGGAGAUGCUGCCCGGGCUUUGCGGGACCUGACUGCCAGGACCACGAUCCCAUGGCGAUCCCUGAGCCGGAAGAUCCAGGUGAUAGCCUCCAGGAGCCUUGGGAUGGGCCAGUUGACUUUGAACCUGGCCUGGGAAGUCAGACCCUCAUGUCUCAUGUGUAUGCAGGCCACCCGGCUGCAGAGAUCAGCAACAUGGUGGAGCAGCAGGAACACCGGCUGGGAGAUCUCCAGAAUGACAUUCACCAGGGGACAGACAGCCUCCCAGGCCUGUGGAAGGCCCUGGCAAGCAACCUCACAGUGGCAACAGCUGAGGCAAAUCAGACAGAGCUUGAGUUUCCCAACAGAUCCUUGGAGCAAGUGCUACUGCCCCACAUCAACACCUUCCUGCAAGGACAUCUCAGCCUCAUGUGGAGAAGCUUCAACCAAAGCCUGCACAGCCUCUCCCAGGCCAUAAGAAACGUAUCUCUUGAUGUGGAGGCCAACCGACAGGCCCUCAAGAGGGUCCAGGAGAGCUCUGUGGCCAGAGCUGACUUCCAGGAGCUUGGUGCCAAAUUUGAGACCAAGGUCCAGGAGAACGCCCAGAGGGUGGGCCAGCUGCGGCAGGACGUGGAGGGCCGCCUGCACGCCCAGCACCUGUCCCUGCACCAGUCCCUCUCAGAGGUCCAGGCCGACGUGGACACCAAGUUGAAGAAGCUCCUGAAGGCCCAGGAGUCCCCGGGAGUCAACAGCAGCCUGGUCCUGGCGGCAGCAGGGGCAGCAGCGAGGCCGGAGCCGGAGAGCCUGCAGGCCAGGCUGGGUCAGCUGCAGAGGAACCUCUCUGCGCUGCACGUGGCCGCUGCCCGCAAGGAAGAGGAGUUACAGAGCACCCUGGCAGACAUGAAAGCCACCCUGGCCCAGCACGUGGAUGAGAUCAAGGAGCUGUAUUUGGAAUCUGAUGACACCUACGAACAGAUCAGCAAGGUGGAGCGGCAAAUGCAGGAGCUGCUGGUGAACCACACUGCGCUGCGGGAGCUGCGGGUGAUCCUGAUGGAGAAGUCCCUGAUCAUGGAGGAGAACAAGGAGGACGUGGAGCGGCAGCUCCUGGAACUCAACCUCACCCUCCAGCACCUGCAGGGCGGCCACGCGGACCUUAUUAAGUAUGUCAAGGACUGCAACUGCCAGAAACUCUACUUUGACCUGGAUGUCAUCCGGGAGGGCCAGCGGGACACCACGCGUGCCCUGGAGGAGACCCAGGUGAGCCUGGAUGAGCGGCGCCAGCAGGACGACUCCUCCCUGCAGGCCCUGAGCAGCACGGUGGCCGCCCUGUCGCAGACGGUGGACGCGCACGGGGCGGAGGGCGAGCGGGCGCGGGCCGACGUGGCGCGGCUCCGGAGCCAGCUGCGCGCGCUGGGCGGCGAGGUGAGCGCGCUGCGGGCCUCGGAGCCUGAGAUCCGCGGCGAGAUCCGCCGGCUGCACAGCUCCUUUGCGGCCCUUCUGGAGGACGCGCUGCGGCACGAGGCCGUGCUGGCCUCCCUCUUUGGGGAGGAGGUGAUGGAAGAGAUGUCCGAGGAGGCGCCCGGCCCGCUGCCCCUGCGCUACGAGCAGAUCCGCACUGCCCUGCUGGACGCCGCCAGCGGGCUGCAGGAGCAGGCACUCGGCUGGGACGCGCUGGCCGCCCGGGUGACCGCCCUGGAGACCGCCCUGGAGCGGGCCUCGGGGACCCGCGGGCAGGCCGAGCGCCUGGAGCCCGGUCGGGACGCGUCGCCAGAGGCGACCAGCGGGCUGGAUCUGGCUGGGCUAGGCCUGGAGCUCCAGCGCCUGAGCUCCGACAUGGUGCGCGUGGGACAGUGCUGCGGGGCCUCCGGGGCCUCCUGGCUCAACAGCUCCCUCGAGGGCCUUCGCGGGGAGCUCUCCACCAUCGAGCGCGGCUUGGAGCGGCACCAGCGCCUUUUCCACAGCCUCUUUGGGAACUUCCAAGAGCUCGUGGCAGCCAACGUCAGCCUGGACUUGGGGAAGCUGCAGGCCAUGCUGAGCAGGAAAGGGAAGAAGCAGCAGAAAGGCCUGGAAACUCCCAGGAGGCGGGACCGGAAGCAAGUGGGGUCUCUCGAGGAUGCGCAAGUGAAAGGGCCGGUGCUCUGGGAGGCAGGCUUCCCUGUGGCCUUCUACGCCAGCUUUUCAGAAGGGACAGCUGCUCUGCAGACAGUGAAGUUCAACACCACUUACAUCAACAUCGGCAGCAGCUACUUCCCUGAACAUGGCUAUUUUCGAGCCCCUGAGCGUGGGGUCUAUCUGUUUGCAGUGAGCAUUGAAUUCGGCCCAGGGCCAGGCACUGGGCAGCUGGUGUUUGGAGGUCACCAGUGGACCCCUGUCUAUACCACCGAGGAGCAGAGGGGUGGGAGCCCGGCAGUGGUCUUUGCCAUGGCUGAGCUGCAAAAGGGUGAGAGAGUAUGGUUUGAACUAACCCAGGGAUCAAUAAUGAAGAGAAGCCCGCCAGGCACUGCAUUCGGGGGCUUCCUGAUAUUCAAGACCUGAGCACCAGGCACAGCUCUGAUCAGACAUCGCAGACUUGUUCAGCUCACCUUGGCCUGGCGCUCAGGCUAGGAUUGGUCUGGAGACCAUCCAGCUGGUCUAGCUCUUCCCUGGAAACCUUCUGCAAAGACAACAUGGCAUUUGUGGCCUCCCUCUGGACACACUGAGUCUGGCUGUUUCUUAAUGAUGAGAAGGACUGGAAUGCUUCUCUCCAGGCAGGACCUGGUCUGGGGACAUGUGAAUCUUGGCUUGGUGUGCCUUCCAAGGCAGCAUGGCUUGGAUUCCAGCUCUUGGCCGUACCCCGUGUUCUAUAGCUUCUUUGGUGUUUUGCUCCUCCUGUGGUUGGAAACUUCCAUACAACACUAAACCUUUUUCCUGCUUCCUCUUCUCCUUCAUCUUAUGCUAGAAAAUCAUUCUUUCCCAGAAAGAAUAUGUUUAAGUGGAAGUGACAUUUAAAUGGAAGUGGUGAAGAAGCCAGUCUCCACCCACUGCAGGGCAGUAGGAGAAAACUAACCUGUGUGGUAUCUAUCAAUCAAAAAUGGAGACAAAGACCUGGUUGAGUUAACCAAGGGAAACAAAAUCAGUAUCUUUUCCUUAGUUUCAGUCCUUCCUUGAAUUUAUCUGUAACUUUAACUUUACUUCUUUUUCUCCUUGCCUCAUGCAGGGUAAAGGCCAAGACAUGCCAAACACAAACUAAAAUGUGUAUAGCCUUCACCUUUUUUGCUUCCUCCAAUAGCUUAUGACCACCCUAGUUCUUAUUAGCAUUUCUAACCAAGAAGGGAGCUGGGGGAAGAGAAGGAAGACGGUAAACAUCUCCCUCAACAAUUCUCAACUUUGGGAUGAAGUGAUAUCCUUCAGAUUGCUGUCUGGUUUGCAGAGCAAACCCGUAUGGAGUGCAAAAAGAUUUGGUAAAGUAGGUAGAAAUCUGGGACAAACUGUCUGGGAUGUGACUUUCAUUACUCCAGGCCAUAUGUGACUUCACAGCUUCAGUUAAUCCUACAUAAAACACUCAGAGGCCUCCACGGCCUCCACAAGAAUCUUGGAUUAGACAGUACAGCUUAGAGUUGUAGUUGUUCCUACAAUAUCAAUAUAUGGUUUUCAAAAAAUUACAGGUCCUGACUCAAACAGGCUUCUUGUCAGGGUACACUUUUAUUUUGGUAGUAGGUAUUCAAUAUGUGUUGACUAUACUUCUCUCUACAAGAAAAUCAGAUUGGUCUGGGUGAUAAAAAAGGACAGCAUGGGCUGUCAGGGUUCCCAGCCCUUCUCGUUUCCUUGGGCUCAUGAAUUCAAAUAAUUGUCCCUCAGAAUUUAUUUACCACUAAACUUGGUGUGCUUGAUAUGCUAAAAUAUCAGUGUCAAAAGGAACAAUACGCCAGGCCAUUCUGCCACUGACAGUUUGACCUUGGGAUAAAACACCUCUCUUGAACGUUUCCAUCUGUAGUAUGAGGUGGGUAGUCUAACAGCUGUAAGUAUUCUGGUAUUUUAUUAUCUUGACCACAGGUUUGGCUCUCACCUACCUGCCCUUCCCUCUGGCCAGGGCCUCCUGCCCAGUGCAGCUCAGCUACAAGACCAGUCCUGACCCAUGGCAUGAUGUAUCUGGGCCAUCCCUGACCAAAGAUGGGAAAUCCAGUACCAGGUCACCCUUGCGGCUAGAAAGACCAUGCUGUGUCUUCUUUCUGCUCAGUCUUGCUGUUGCUGGUCAGACUGUGCUGAUGGCUAAGUGGAAACAUUUGGGUAAUACAGUCAUCAUUUAAGACUUUCACUUGGAAGUUACUACAUUAUAAUAAGCAGAGUGAAAGGAUUUCCUUUAUAAGGGGCACACGUCCUCCAACCGUCACAUGGCUGGUGCUAUUCAAUAGGGAAUUUUUAAAUGAAAGUGCUAACUGGUCAACUCUGCCAGCAGCAUGCAGUAUUGGAUAAGUCACUCCAGAAGUUUCUGGGAUGAGAAUUGGAGAGACAAUAGUUCUUUUAAAUAGGGUGCUUUCCAUGCAAAUUUCACAAAACCUUAAUAUCAAAGUUGAAGUGUAAAUUUUCUACUUAAACACUUGUAUAACUAGGACCCCAGAUUAACAAGAAUUCUGAAGUUAUUUGAUAGAUUUAUCUCCAUGAAUAUCUCUGGGUGGAGAAUCUGUUUGAGUGCCCCCCCCCCCAGCAGACCCCCCGUUACCCAGGCCAAUGUUACAACACCCUUUACUUGUGGCAUCCAGAACAAGACAAUGACUGAGCACAGAGUGGUAUCAGGUUUUUCCAAACCCGAUGGAAAAAAAAUACACAAAAAUAUUCAAAAAUAUCAUUGAAAAACAAGAAAGGGUACCAUAAGCAGGUCAGGAAAUUUUAGUAAUUCCUGGAAAAUAGGAAGUAGAAGGGAGCAAGCAGAAAAUGAAACAGCAAUAGGAAAUCAUAACUCAAAACAUUUGAGAGAUGGGAGUGAUUUCAGGGGAGCCCCAAACUCAAGCGCAGCCCCUAACACACCCGGAGGGGUUUGUGGAGAAGAGGCAGCUGAGGCAGCAGUCAGUUCCACCUGCUCCUUGUCUGAGCUAAGCAGCAGGCAGCAGUGGCCUCUGUCUUGAGCUAGAGCAGUGCUGGUCAAUCCUGACCUCUCGGUUACAGGGCAGCUACUGACACUUGGAGGUAAGAACCUCCCACAUCCAGAAGACACAUGUAACCUUAUCACAAUCAAGACUCCCAGGAGUGAAUCUGGAGCUGUGUCUCCACAAACCACAACAUGUUAAAAUAACUCCUUAUUUCAGAAACACUGUGAGAAAGAUAUAUGGUCUAUAAAAAAUGCUUCUCAAAACUCCCCUUUCCUCUCAUACUCUGAAGCUCCUCUGGUCUCCCAUGAUGUUUAUCUUGAAAACGUCACAAACUCCUCUCCCAGCUCUAGCCUGAGCACCAUUCCCUUCUCCUCCAUCAAGAAAGCUCCCCCAAACCUGGCCUGACAAUGACAAAGCUCUUUUAUGGGGAAGGGGAGAGGUAAACAAGCAGUGGGGGGGAAAGCCUGAGUCCUCUUGAGUAGGUAAAAAGGGAGGAAAGGAUUACCUCUUAUUUUUCCACUAACAGCUAGUCCCAUCACCCCUUGAUAAAAACAGGAAGCUGAGGAACACAGAACUGGGAUGAGCAGGUGUUCACGAAUACACAGAUAAGCAGCUACCCCAAACUGCUAAACGUUUGUGGGAAACUAGUCUCAUGAACAAUAAGUUCCAAACUCAACAAACUGAAAACUAUGGAAUAUAUAAAUCUCUAGAAACAAUACAGGACAUUGGAAAUGUAUACUGAUUAUUUGCCACUCAGAUCCUGGUUUCUAAAUAUCAUCCUCCCUAAAAGGAACCAAAGUGCCUUGGAGAAAUGGCUGACUCGAUGGCAAGGGUAAGGAAGGUACCAGAUGAGCUUGGAACAUCUUUAUGUGCCCCAAAGUAAGAAGUGCUCAAAAAUGAUGGGCAUGUGUCAAAAGGACUCAGGCGCCAACUUGAUGAACUCCCAGUAGCCAAGUCUGGGUCAAUCUGAGCAGCAAAACAAAAAAUGACCUAAGAGACUACAACUUACUGAAUAAGAGUCCAUACUGAUAAUAAAAAAUAAACAAGAACAGAAGACUUAUUCCUUGUAGCAGAAUGCCAAUUAAUAAAUGUAAAUGUAAUAAUGGAAUCAGAAAAUCACCACUUUGUAACCACUGAUUCAUGUAGAAGUUAUCAAUGGAUGCUAAAGCGCAGUCUCUAAGUCUCUCUUAUAACAUACUCAUUACAAAGGGGAACCGGUAGCUUCACAGUGGGGAAACGAGGUACCACAAUAAACAACCAAUUGACAAGGACACCAUCAGUAACUGAUGGUGACACAUGGACACUGUGGCCUCCUGGUGGGAUGCCCUGAGGACACAAACAUCAUGUCCACAAAAUCACUGGCUUUUACUCUAGAAAAUGUUGACAUCACAAAAGACAAAAGCUGGAGAACUCUUUCAGAUGAAAGGAGAAUAAGGAGACAGGACACCUAAAUACAAUGCAAGAUCCUAGGCAGACUCUGAACCAGGAAAAUGUGCUCAAGGACUUUACUGGAACAACUAGCAAAACUUGAAUAAGGUCUACGGACUGGUAUUGCCGAUAAUUGUCACAGUGUAAAUGUUAACUUUCCUGAUUUUGGAAAUUGUACAUAAUCAGUUAUAUAAUAGAGUAUACCUGAAGUAUUCAGGGAUAAAGAGGCAUGAGCUCUGUAACUUACUCCAAAUAGUUCAGAAAAAAGUAUGUCUAUGUAUGUGUUUGUACACAGAUAUUCCAAAAUGAGCCUUUGUAACUUUUCUAUACACACAGAAUGACAAAGCAAUUGUGACAAAAUGUAGGUUUAUGAUUCUGGAUGAAGGGUAAAUGGCAUUCUUUAUACUAUUUUUGUAACCUUUCUGGAAGUUUGAAAUUUUUCAAAAUACAAAUAAAGUUAAAAUAAAUUUUUGGUUGUUGAAAUAAAAACACUCAGUAGGUGGGCUAAAAGCAGAAGGCAGGAUGAAACAUAAGAAAAACAUGUUAAGAAAUAUGCAAGCAACAUCUGUGGGACCUAAUAUCUGUCUAAUAGCAAUUCUAGAAAGAGGAGAGUAAAAGGGAAGGAGAGUAAAGAAGUGAUGGGAAAAAAGUUCCCAGAUAUGAGGCAAGAUUAAAAGGACCCUAUUAGUACUGAGUAACAGAAUGAAUGUAUCUAGAAACGGCAAGAUUAAACUUCAAACAUCAAAAACAAAAAUUAAGUCCUAUGUUUCUCGAAUGAAAAAAAGUUAAACUAAAAAGGACCGAAUUAGACACGUCAGACUUCUUACUGGCCAAAGGGAUGCUGGAAGAUCACAGAGUAGAAUCUUCACAGCUAGAUUCUCUCUUCAGCCAAACUACUAGCCAAGUAUGAAGACAAAAUAAAAAAAUAAAAAUUACUUUUCAAGUGCUCAAUUGAAAUGCUUUCCCCAACAGUGUUGGUCUUUUGUUUUUUGCCACAGCCUUUCCAUUCUUUCUUGUAGUGUUUUUCACUUGGACUUUAGUCAUACAGGAGAGCAACAGAGAACAGAGCAACAGCUGUGCUUCAACCUGAUUCUAAAAUUGCUUUCAAAAAAAGACUCCCCACCCUCCACCAAAAAAAAGGCCCAAGUUCUUUCUUCCCCUAGCUUAAAAAUACUUUCAGUAUAAGAAUUUCACAUUGACUUUUAAACAAUGGUAACAUUUCAGGUUCCCUGUAUAAAAUCUAGGCCAUGGGUAGUAAGGUGGGUGUAGGGAGCACUGGGGCAUCUGGAAUCACUCUGAAUUUCAUUCUGAGCAAGUAAUUGGACAAAGGCCAGGAAGACAAACCUCAGAGGAAUAAUAUGUAGGCCAUAUAUAUUGCAUCUAAAAAAGAGAGUAAGAAUUCAAAAGGUAAUUAUGGAUUAAUUUUUCAGCCCUAGUCUCUGCUUCUAUCUGAAAUAUUUUUUCAUGCACCUUUGCACUUGAACUAAGUUUCCUCUUCCUGCUUCCCAGCUGCAGGGUGACGUGCCCAUUUGCUUCUACCCUAAGCUCACAGUGUUUAACUUCCCAUGACUAGAACAGUGCCACUGCCAUUAGGUGGCCUCUGCCUACACUCCUGGCCAGCCACCUGCACUCUAAGUGCAGCCAUGUCCACUUAGGCUGUACUGCUCCAGGGCUGAAGCCAGGCAUCUUUUAGGAAUAUGCAUCCAACUGAAGUAUGAAGUGCCAGAAAUAGUCCAUGCAGUAGCAACUGGCAGGUAAAUAUUUCUCCAAGAGAAUGAAGACCUAAUGACUGAAUUAGCAUCUGCUUAAAAUUACCUGUAAGGAUUAGACUAUUCUGGAACAACAGUGUCUCAUUCUUAAUGUCUACUCUAUUAAUGCUACUAGUAAUAUUAUAGAAACCUUGGAAAUAGUCACUCUUCCAACUAACCAGUGAGAGUAACAUUAUGCUAGGAAGGAAGAAUGAAUAUAUUUAUCCAAUUUUUGAGUCAGCUUUUUUACAGGUGGAAAAAAAGCCAGCAAGUUUUUGAUAAGCCCAAGAAAUUCCUGAUUCUUCUUUAUCAAGCUUCAUUUGAGUGCAUGCUAUUGUUUCAAGAAACUGUCUUACACUGACACUACAGGAGGAUUCUAAUAAGGCUAUCUCCAAACAUGUAUUUUUUGGGGGCGGGGCAGGGAAGACAACUAGUCCCAAAUCCUUUAUAAGGAUUUAACAUGUUCAAAUGCCUAAGAAAAGGCAUCACAAGGCACACUGAGUGAAUUUACACACAACUGAAAACAGCUCUGACAGGCGGUGAAGGGAAGUACAGAAGGGAUAAUAUUGCUACAGAGCAGAAGGAAAGCUACCUUUACUGCCCUGAAGUUUAAGCUUUUAAAACAGCACUUGCUGCAGUAGGAAUACCAUAAGGCCAGAUAAAUGGAUUCUACUACUCUAACUAAAAGAAGCUAGUUACAGCCAAGAUAUCAGGCACUCUAUUAGCAGAAAGAGAAAAAACUUGGAAGAAAUUACUUGGCCAGAUAGUGAGAUGAGUACUCUUACACUACUCUUAAGAGUGUAAAUGAGAAACGCUUCUGGGCAGCAAGAUAGCAAUAUUUGUCAAGAAUCUAAGAUUUUUUUUUCAUCUUAAAGAAUUUUUUUUUUGGCACACGGGCUUAGUUGCUCCACGGCAUGUGGGAUCUUCCUGGAGCUAGGAUCGAACCCGUGACCUCUGCAUUGGCAGGCGGAUUCUUAACCACUGCGCCACCUAGGAAGCCCUCAUCUUAAAGAAUUUUUAAAAGUUCAUAUCCACUGGUUCAUUUUUAGGAGUGUAAUCUAAGAAAAUAAAUAUAUGAAAAUUUAUGUACAAGGAUGUUCAAUACAUUGGUUAUAUUUUCCCAAACAACAAAAAUAACCCUAAUAUUCAACAGGGAAUUAUAAAAAUAAAUUGUUCCAUCUACUUAGUGGAAUGCUAUGUAGUCAGUUUUUUAAAAUAUUAUGUUUUCAAUGGAUAUAUAACAUACUAUUAUCUUAACAUUGUAAAGAAAUACGUAGCAGCAAAAAAGAUCGAAAGAAACAUUCAACUAAAUAGUGGUACUAUCUGGCAAUAGGAUUUUAAAUGAUUUCAUUUGCUUCUUUAUUCUUUCCUAUAUUUUCCAAAAUUUCUGUGAUGAGUACGUUUUUAGAAUUAGAAAAAAUGUUUAGUUUUUUUUUUUUUUAAAGGAAAAUAACCCUUGGCUAUAACAGACUUAUGUAACUAUUAUAACUUCUCUAUCUACACAAAGGAAAGAGUGUGUGGUCACUUACCUGCCCUGUGUCCCAUUCUGGAUGUCUGGUGGCUGAAAUGCACAUCUCAGGUACAUCUGUAUGUACCUGUAUGUACCUAACUUAUCU